AAAAAAUGUGUUCUUGUUGCUUGCUAUUAGCAUUUAAAUAUGUUUUUUAAUUCUUGUUAUAAGAAAAACAAUUAAUGUAUUUAUGUAUGCAAAAUUUUAAGAGUUUUGAAAAUCUGCGAUACGAUAUCAAAAGUUUGUGUUCUAAAAGGAUUGCUUUUUGUGAUAUAGUAUUAAAUAAAAAUAAAAAAAAAAUUUUUAAAAAUAUCUAUAGAUAUACUUGGAACAAUGAGACUGUGCACGAUAAGUGCGUGCAGUUUGAAAAAUAUUUAAGAAAUUAAAUGAAAACAUAAGGAAAUAGUUAUUUGUGUGUAAAUUCUAAAAGGUUUCUAAAAAAAGGUGUGACGGGAGUAUCGGGAAUAUAUACAGUAUCUGUACUAGAUUUUUUUUUUCUCUUUUAAUUUUAACCGUACUCCCUACAUACACAUAUACACACACAUACACACAAUUUAUGUUAAAUUCUAUGUAUUGUAUUAUAUAAUAACAUAAAAAAAAUCAACGAUCUUAUGCAUAAUCUAAGAACGUAAAUAUAAUACGUCUUGUAAAACUUAAUUCUUCUCUAAAACUAUGUCCUGAAUAUUAGGUCGAGAAUAAAAAUGAUCUGUUAAGAGACAUGUAUUGUAACUGAUAUAUGUAUACAUACAGGGAGUAGUGAAGUUAUUUGCACUUAACAUUUUGCAGUCCAUUUUGUUUAACCCAAAAGCUCGUUCCUUUGAAAAACUUCUUUCCAAUUGCUUCCCAAUUUUCAAAAAAAUUUGUCUCUGGCGCGUUUGAGUUUGAUUUAAUUUCACGUGAUACGUUGCGAUUCGAUUGGUCGAUCGGUAAAAGAUCGAAGCGGGAAAAUUCGAAUGUUCGAUUUGAAGAAAAUUGAUGAAAUUAAUUUGAAAUUGAAUCGAAAAAUUGAGUACAAUGACGAAGAACAAGACGCAUCGGGUAUUGCAUUCCCAAUGUUCGCUGUUUACAAUGGCCACUCGGUUACGUGGUCGAUCAGAAAACAGGAACGAGAUUCUUUUAGAGGACGAGAAUAGCAUGGGAAGACGGAGAUCGCGUUUCGCGGCUAGUAGUCAGUAUAGUGAGGAGGAUCGACCAGUUAAGAGCCAGGGUAAAAUCGGGACCAUAGCCAAAGUCGCCAAGCAAUUAUAGAAUUGGAUUCGAUCGAAGAGUUCGUGGAGGCCCGUGCCACACCGGUUUCGUUUUAUUUUAGCUUAGCUUUCGAAGGCAUCCGGUUGUGCAUUCUCACAUCGUGGAUCAUCGCUACGAUAUCACAGUUUCGAAAGUUGAUAAAGAUCAUCGGUAAGGAAGACGCCAAGUACAGCCGCCCGUCAUCAUGGAGGCGAUUAAGAAGAAAAUUGCGGCGUUGAAGAUGGAGAUGGACGCCGCAAAUGAAAAAGUCGAAUUGAAUGAAAAUAAAGCGAAGCAAGAAAAUAUGCGAGCUGAUAAAUUGAAUGAUGAUUUGAGAGAUUUGCAGAAACGAUUGGACCAACUCGAGAGGGAUUACGAAACAACGAAGACUCAGCUUGAACAAUCUACUGCCGAUUUGGAACAAUGCGAAAAAUCUUGGUCUAGAGCUGAACAAGAUCGAACGUCGUUGACGAAAAGGGUUCAGGAAAUUGAAGCGAGUCUUACUAAGAAAGAAGAAUUACGUCUUACAGCUCAGACGAAACUUGCACGUGCGACGGAACUCGCUGAUGAUGCACAAAGAAUGUGCAAAGUGUUGGAGGAUAGGAGUCGACUCGACGAAGAACGUACGCAAAAGCUGUUGGCGGAAUUAAAAGAUGCAAGAUUGAUAGCUGAAGAUGCUGAUGCGAAAUCAGAUGAAAUUUCGAGGAAAUUGCAAUUCGUUGAAGAGGAACUCGAAGCCGCGGAAGAAAGAGUUAAGACUAGCGAAGCUAAGAUCGUUGAACGUGAAGACGAAUUAUUCAUCGUGCAGAAUAUUGUCAAGUCAUUGGAGGUAUCCGAGGAGAAGGCGAAUCAACGAGUGGAGGAUUUUAAAGUGCAAUUGAAGUCAUUGAAGAAGAAGUUAAAGGAAGCCGAGAAACGUGCUAUUAUGGCCGAGAGGACAGUCAAGUUAUUAUUGAAGGAAGUGGAUACCAAAGAAGACGAGCUAAGAGAGGAGAAGGAGAAAUACAAGGCUGUUUGUGACGACAUGGAUGCCACGUUCGCCGAGAUGACGGGUUAUUGAGAUCGUCUAGAAAAAUUCGAUUUUACAUUAUUUUAUUACAUCUUAAGCGCUUUUUCCGCUUAUUCGCUACAUCUAACAUGGACGUCCUUUCAUUUCUGUCCGAUGUGCUUAUAUGCUGAUUCGUGUCAUUAUUUUAAUCUAUUAAGGAAUACUUAUAUGGCUUUAAUAUAAUUUGCUUCGCGAUAAGUUAACUGUCGUAGAAGGUAUGCACGUUGUUAGUUCUUAAUCGUAGCUGCUUUGCUCUAUGCAUAACACCUUGCCAAGAUCUACGGGGUCAGUGAAUACUGGCUCACGGUCGCUUGAGAAACUUAUACUUUCUUCAGAUAGAACUGAUACGUCGCUUCUUUUCUUUCAGAAGCAUCUACGUGGAUAAAUUUGGCGAGAUCGCGAUACGUGACAGAAAAAAAAAAGUACGAUACUACUCUUCUUUCCCUUUUUAUUGUUGUAUUCUCAAUUCUGUAUUUUCAA